UGAACUCUCAGCGGAGAUUUCAGUGCUGGUUUUUCAGAAUGAUCCCAACCAGAUAUCUACCAGAAGUGCCCCAGUUUAAGAAAACUGACUGAGCGUUUCUAGCUUAUCAUUCUCUCAGAAGGUCAACGCUCUUAGCUACCAAGGUGACAAAGCUGAUGUCGUCAUUCAUAUGGAACUAAAUGAUGCGAGUCGUACUUUUCUUCUUACCUAUUGCAUGGUGAGUGAUCAGUCCCACUUAUCUGGAUCCUUUUGCAGAGAUGCUGGAAUUGCUUCACAGAGAACUCUAAACUUUUAUCUGUCAAUCCUGUAGGAUUAUAUUUCUUGUUGCUUGAUUUGCACCAUUUUGGUUUCAAUUCGUAAAGCAAUCAUUCCAACUGCGCGAUAGAAUGAUCGGAACGGUGCAAUAUAACAAAGAUUAAUCGCAUUAAUGCCUACCUCAGAGCCUAUCAGAAUGAACAUGUCAAACACAAACAACACGCAAAGAGAUUGGAAACCAAGUACCCCAACUUAUGGAGUUAUCUUAUGGUGCAUAACGUACAGCCUCACAGCAGUUGGCAUAAUCUGCGCCAACGUGUUCGCCGUUUUCGUUUUCACAAUGAAAAGGCUUUUGCGUAAGAGGAGCAAUAUUCUCCUAUUGAAUUUAGCCAUCGCUGACUUGAUGGUUGGAAGCAUAGCGUUCCCAAUGUACAUUUAUAUUUUCUAUAAUUCGCACAAAAGCUUCUUAUGGAGAGACAUGAUCACGAACCAUGUGUACCUCGGCGUGGACGUCUUUUCAGGAUUAUCCUCGAUGUUUAUUUUAGCAAUGAUUGCCUUAGAAAGGGCGUAUUCUGUCUACCGACCUCUAAAGCACCGCUGUGUUUCUAGGAGGUCAAGGCUCUAUUGGUUGUCUGCAGCUUGUGUUUGGGUAACAUCGGGAGUCCUUACUUCCAUGAAGAUUCUAACAUCACUUGGAGUUCUGACCUUCUCAUAUGACAAACAUGUUAUCUUCAUAUUCGUGUCCAUCGCCUUGAUGACCAUAAUAGCCGCCCACGCUUCUAUCUGGACCAAAAUCACAAGACGAAAAGAGAACCUCGAUUUCAUAGUCAAAGAAAAAUCCAUUGCCCUAGCAAUGCUUAUAGUAACUGUCGCCUUUAUUGUGAUGUGGCUGCCGUUUUAUCUGCUUAAUGUAAUUUACAGUUUUGAUCAAAAAGCUUUGAAAUCCGUCCCCUUAAAUUUCUUUUACUUUGCUAAACUAUUGCAGUAUGGGAACUCCGUCGUGAAUCCAGUAAUAUAUACAUUGAAGCUUCCACAAUUCCGUAGGGCUCUGCGAAAAUUACAAAGCUUCAAAAGCUCUGUAAGAACAGACAAAGACGUACCACUGUAAUAGCAUCAGUAUAUUUGCAGGAGUCUUUUAAGAUAAACUCAGUGAGAUAAAAUCGAAAACUCUAAUCUCACUCAAUCAGACGUACCACUGUAAUAGGGAAUAAAACUGUAAUUUAAGAUAGCAGGUAAUUUAGAGUUAACAACUGAGUUGAAAACGUAAAUUAGUCAAUCGCUCUGACGAAGGGCUAACGCUCGAAACGUCAGUUUUUUUACCCUUUACGGUGGCUAAUUUACGUUUUCAACUCAGUUGUUAACACUAAAUUACCUGCUAUACUCUCCCACCGACGCAGCACCACAGUUUCUUUAGAAACUUACCCCUUUAUUCAUUUGUCUUUUAAGAUACACUCAAUGAGACAAAACCUAACGCGUUAAUCUCACUCUUUGCAAGUAA